UCAGUAUUUACCCUGGAAUGCAGAUAUGCACAGGAAACGAGCCAAAGUCUACACACAGCUUGGAGAGUUGUACAAGGCCAUCGAUGAUCUUAGAUCAGUGACUAAACUGGUUCCAGACAGCACAGAGGUCUAUCUUGAAAUGAGUAGAAUACAUUACAGUAAGGGAGAUCUGGAACUGGCCUUAGCGGACAUCCGAGAAUGUUUGAAACUUGACCCUGAUCAUAAAGAGUGCUUACCUCUUUAUUCAUUUAUGAAGAAGAUGAAAACUGCUGAAAAAUAUAUCCGUGAUGGAAGGUGAGCAUUUAUGACAAUAAUAAUUGCAUUUAUUGUAUUCAGAACUGCUAGUCCUCUGCCCUCCUUGCCUCCUAGUUCCUCUCCCCCUCUCUCUGUC